UUCCGAACAUCAGAAUUGCGACAGGAUUUCCGGCCGCUGCUUUUCUAAUUUGCUCAAAGCUGUCGGUACGUGGCGCAAUGGCACCAUCCAUGCCGCUUGUGCAUAAUGAUGAGGCUGUGAUACCUCGACCUGGCCCUCACCCUUCUUUCAUCCAGGUUGCCAAGCCGUACAUGUUCGAGCAAGAAAUCGAAGGAUGCAUGAGAGCUACCGGAGUGAACGAAGCCAAGGAAGACACCCUCCGUUUGCAAGGAGUCGCCUGGAUCGACAGCGUGCGAAAAACGCUUCAACUGCCGGUCCGCACCUUUAAUACCGCUGUCGUCUACUACCACAAGUUUCGCCUGGUCCAUGCCGAUAACGAGUACAGCUUCGUCGAUGCCGCUGCCGCCGCUCUCUUCACAGCAUGCAAGAUUGAAGAUACCCUCAAGAAAUCCAAAGAAAUUCUCUGCGGAGCCUACAAUAUGAAGCUAAGCCCCGCAGAGCGGCUGAGCCCUGAUGACCCGCUCUUUGAGAACCCCUCAAAGCUCAUCAUCGGCCUGGAGCGACUUAUGCUGGAGGCAUCCAGCUUCGACUACCGAAAUCGAUACCCCCAGAAACUACUUUUGAAGCUGGUAAAACUCUACGGUUUUGACAAGGAGACUGUUGGAAAGAUGGCAUACAAUAUGUCGCUAGAUCUAUAUCGGACAUUUGCACCUCUAAAGCAGUCAACCUCCACUCUCGCCCUCGCCUGCAUAGAAUUGUCCGCUCGUAUCCUUGAUGUGCCACUAGGAAAGCUUGAAGAUGCCGAAAUAUAUGGAAACUGGAGCACAUCUCGAGAACAAGUGAUGGAAACACUUCUUGAUCUACUUGAACUGUACACACAUCACCGCGGCUCGACAGUCGUUGGGCCAGAAUAUUCCAUCGAAACGUUCAUCACGAUACGUAUUACGCUCAACCAGGAAUCAGCCUCACACCAUUACCCUCGCUUUACGGAAUGGAAUUCUCACAAGCCAGAAACAAAUGGCGCCGAGGCUGACGUACGGAACGGCACAAAAGAAUCUCGAGAUGGCCGCGACACGACGAACAGUCAGCACGGCUCGCCACCAGCUAUGGGACCGGUCUCGGCCCUCGGCACUCGCGGCCGAGUCGGUGAGCGCAGUCGCGAUGGCACUGUCCGCUUCAUGCUUGAUGCUGAACGCGCGCGCGAGGAACAAGUUCAAGUCGCAGAAUACUUUAAAGUGGAAGAGGAGGAAUACGAGGUCGAAGUGGAAAUAGACCGUGGACGUGGUCGCGAACGAGAACGGGAACGAGACCGAGAUCGAGACCGAGACAAUGGUCGCGAGAGACGAAGGAUUUAAUUAACUUCUCUGGUCUGGGACGAGUCGCUUGUUUUGGGAAGAAUGCCUUUUUUUUCCCUUUCCCUUUUCACCUUUCAGUAUACGCUCUGCGCUCCCCACCACGCAGAGCGAUACCAGCUGACAUAAAAUGGCCAUUUACAUCUGCCAUAUACCUAAUUACUGGAUAUGCUUGGAUUUGUUUAUUUUCCCUUUCAUCAGAGUCCAUUGGUACUUUCUCAAAGUCUCUAAGAUUCUUAUGCUGGUGCAUAUUUUCAGUUCUAUACCUUGUCAUUUCCCCCCCCCCCCCC